AUGGAACGAUAUUUUAAGAGAAAGUUUUCAUCAACUACCUCUAGUUCAGAUAAUGUGGGUAGUUCAAGUGUAAGAGAUGUGGGUAUUUCAAGAGAUGUGGUGGGUAGUUCGAAAGAAAGUGAGUUGCAAGAUGUAUUGGCUAAUCUUCCUGCAGACCCUGGACUUCGACCUCAAAUGUUGGAUUAUGAUCCUAACAUUCGAGACGAAGUUCGAAGAGCAUAUCUACAGAAGGGUCCAUGUCAACCUAAGGAUCACACAUUUCCACAAACCGAUCUUUCAGGUAUUAGUAAAGAUGCUGCAUUUUGCCUUUAUUGUUAUCUCUUCAAAUCCAAUUUCAAAAUUGGUCAAGGCUGUAGCGAUGUCUUCACCGAGGUGGGUUUUACAAAUUGGAAGAAGAAAGAUAAAAUUAGGCAACAUGUUGGAGGUGUUGGGAGUGUUCAUAAUCAAUCUAGACAAUAUUGUGUGGAUCUUAUGAAUCAAAAGCAACACAUCCAAACAGUUUUGAUAAAGCAAUCAGACCAAGCUCGCAUUGAUUAUCGUAUUUGCUUGACAGCUUCUCUUGAUUGUGUGAGAUUUUUGUUGAAGCAAGGUCUUCCUUUUCGUGGCAAUGAUGAGAGUGACACUUCAAACAACAAGGGGAAUUAUGUAGAACUCUUAGAAUUGAGCAUUUCCAUGCUAAGAGGACAAGGAUAUGAUGGAGCUAUUGGAGCAUCGUGUAGGCGACGUGACAUGCUUAGAGAUCAACUACAGAAGAAUAUUACAGAAGCUCUUGAAAAUGAUGAUCUUCCAACAGGGCGAGGCUUAAAUCAAGAAACUUCUCUCAAGCGUGCCGGUGAUACACGUUGGAACUCACAUUAUGGUACGUUACUUAGUAUCAUUUCCAUGUUCAAAUCUGUGGUGAAAGUGCUUAAAUUGAUUAUUGAGGAUGGCUCCACUGAUAAUAUAGUCACAAGCAUUACAAAGAAAAGACCAAGAUAUUGGGAAUGCAAUGUCUUUAGUCAAAGAUUGCAAGGACACACUAAAGAUAUGAGAGAUAAUGGAUUUGAAGCCUUGCUUGAUCAAGUAUUUUCCUUUUGUGGCAAACAUGAUAUUGAGGUUCCAAGUAUGGAUGAUGCAUAUGUAGCUCAGUGGAGAUCACAUCGCAGAGCUCCUAGAAUAACACAAAUCCAUCAUUAUCGUGUGGACAUCUUCAUUCAAAUCAUUGAGUGGCAACUUGCAGAAUUAAAUCAUCGCUUUAGUGAGGUAAAUACUGAGUUGCUUAUUUGUUUGGCAUGUUUGAGUCCGAAUGAUUCAUUCAUAGCUUUUGACAAACAAAAGCUUCUUCGUUUUGCUGAAUUUUAUCCUCAAGAAUUUACACCCCGAGACCUCUUGGCACUUGAAGAUCAACUUGGGAUUUAUAUUCAUCAUAUGCGUACAAGAAGCGAAUUUUCUCAAUUGAAAGGGAUUGGUGCCCUUGCAAGAAAAAUGGUGGAGAAAGGGUUGCAUAGAACAUUUAAUUAUGUCUAUUUGCUUCUGACAUUAGCCUUAACUUUACCAGUUGCAACUGCUUCAGUGGAGAGAGCAUUUUCUGCUAUGAAUGUUAUCAAAGGUCCACUUCGCAACCGAAUGGGAGAUCAAUGGUUGAGUGAUAGCUUUCUUGUUUAUAUUGAGAAAGACGUGUUUGUUUGUAUUGAUAAUGAAACUAUAAUGGGACAAAUGGAUACAGUUGGAAUUUUGGUAUGCUACAAUGGAAGUUGGGUUAAGAAGGAUAACAUUGAGAGUUAUGAAGGUGGGGAGGCUAAAGGCAUAAUAGUGUCACGGAACGUAACGUUUUCCGAACUUGUUGAACGCAUUUAUAAGAUCAUGGAUGCAGAGCCCACGAAAUAUAGUGUCACAUUGAAGUAUUCAGUUCCUGUAUCCGCAUCUGUCAGUAAGCAGAUAAGGGUUGAAGACAAUGAUGAUGUUCAAUAUUUUCUCAAGUACAACACAGAUGUUAUGGCCUCUAAA